AUGGAAGCUGCACAUUUUUUCGAAGGGACCAAGAAGCUGUUGGAGGUGUGGUUCUCCAGGCAGCAGCCUUAUGCCAACCAAGGAUCUGGAGACCUUCACACCAUCCCCAGAUCUGAGUGGGACAUACUUCUGAAGGAUGUGCAAUGUUCAAUCAUAAGUGUGAUAAAAACUGACAAGCAGGAAGCUUAUGUACUCAGUGAGAGUAGCAUGUUGGUCUCCAAGAGACGUUUCAUUUUGAAGACAUGUGGUACCACCCUCUUGCUGAAAGCACUGGUUCCCCUGUUGAAACUUGCUAGGGAUUACAGUGGGUUUGACUCAAUUCAAAGCUUCUUUUAUUCUCGUAAGAUUUUCAUGAAGCCUUCUCACCAAGGGUACCCACACCGGAAUUUCCAGGAAGAAAUAGAAUUUCUUAAUGCAAUUUUCCCAAAUGGAGCAGCAUAUUGUAUGGGACAUAUGAAUUCUGACUGUUGGUACUUGUAUACUUUGUAUUUCCCAGAGACUCGGGUAAUCAGUCAGCCAGAUCAAACCCUGGAAAUUCUGAUGAAUGAGCUUGACCCAGCAGUUAUGGACCAGUUCUACAUGAAAGAUGGUGUUACUGCAAAGGAUGUCACUCGUGAGAGUGGAAUUCGUGACCUGAUACCAGGUUCUGUCAUUGAUGCCACACUGUUCAAUCCUUGUGGGUAUUCGAUGAAUGGAAUGAAAUCGAAUGGAACUUAUUGGACUAUUCAAAUCACUCCAGAAUCAGAAUUUUCUUAUGUUAGCUUUGAAACAAACUUAAGUCAGACCUCCUAUGAUGACCUGAUCAGGAAAGUUGUUGAAGUCUUCAAGCCAGGAAAAUUUGUAACCACCCUGUUUGUAAAUCAGAGUUCUAAAUGUCGCACAGUGCUUUCUUCACCCCAGAAGAUUGAAGGCUUUAAACGUCUGGAUUGCCAGAGCGCUAUGUUCAAUGAUUACAAUUUUGUUUUUACCAGUUUUGCUAAGAAGCAGCAACAACAGCAGAGUUGAUUAAUAAAAAUGAAGAAGAAAAAAUGCAAAAAGAGAACACACAUAGAAGGAGGUGGUGGCUGCUUUUUAGAUAUUGAUAUCGGGGGCCAUGCUUUCCAUAACCAUCACCUUGUAGCUGCAGAAAGCCCUAGAUGUACUGAUAGUGUAAUCAUUUUGAAUUGUAUGCAUUAUUAUAUCAAGGAGUUAGAUAUCUUGCAUGAAUGCUCUCUUCUGUGUUUAGGUAUCCUAUGCCACUCUUGCUGUGAAAUUGAAGUGCAUGUAGAAAAAAACUUUUACUAUAUGAAACUUUACAACAAUUGUGAAAACAAUUCAAUUUGGUUUAUGCACAGUGUAAUAUUUCUCCAGGUAUCAUCCAAAAUUCCCCAGACAGGGCUUUCGUCCUCAUUAGGUGUUGGCCUCAGCCUAAUCAUCUGGGACUGUUCUAUUAAAUUGCUGCCAGGAUUUUACAUCCAGUUACCUCCACUUUCUAGAACAUAUUCUCUACUAAUAUUACUGAAACCAGUUUCUACUUCAUACAGAUGUUUUUUGCAACAGCAAUUAAAGUUUAUCUUCCACAAGUCAAGUCCUCUUAAGAAAAUGAUUGCAGUUAUCCAUUUUGUGUAUUACUAUUUUAACAUUAUUGCUUCCUGUACUUGUACUUCCUUUAUUUGAUUUUGUUCCUCACCAUGGUGUCUUGCCUCCCAACCCCCCCUCAAUAAAGCAAUACACUGUUAAAAAAAAAAA